AAACAUCAGGAAAUGCUGUUAUUUCCACCAACGUUAGGCGGUGAACACAAUGUGUGUGGAUAGACUCAGGGGUUAUUGAGCAAGAAAAGUAUAAGUUGAGCUUGCAGAUAUAAAAUGUUUUGACUUGGUCAUACCAGAAUGUUCUAAAAUCCACAUUCAGUAAUGGCUGCUGUUAGUUCAAUGGUGCUUUAUAAAGAUGACUCGGUUGAAGUGCAGUAUUUAGAUGGAUCACGUCUGCAGUUAUCGCCAUGUGGUUCUGAAUUUCUACUUGAGAAGGCAUUGCCUCCAUCGGCACAUGUUUUACAGCCCAUGGAAAGAAUUUGUCAGCGGACACAGUUUGUUACCAGUAAUCACAGGAACUUGUUGAUCCAGGCAUUAGAUUUCAGAAACAGAUUUUCUGCUAAACCCUAUCUCCCACAUAAUCUUAUUGAUCCACAUAAUAAAGUGCAACAUAUGAAAGACAUUCCAGAGGUAAAAUGGUCAAGAAAUAAAGCUAAUAGAAUUGCAUUUACUAACAGUGGUGAAGUGAAGGUGUGCUCCUGUGAUGACAAUGCAUUCUUGUACCUUUCUCCUUCUAAACUGGAGUUUUCAGUCAAAUACCUCUGUACCUGCAGCGAAAACACUAAUGCAACAUAUGAUACAGUAACUGGUCCUUCACAUCCUCCAGUACACAAACUAAGCCAAGAAAUGUCUACCAAAUUGUGUCAAAAGAAAAUCACCCAAAAAAAAUCAAAAGAUGCAGAUCACAAUAUAUCCAAAAAAAAUAAUGAGGAAAACUAUAAACAACUGAAACCUUUCAAAGACAGACAAGUAUUUACGUGGGUGAUUCAGCACCAUUCUGUGUUGUCUUUUCCGGCAAUCUGGAAGUAUCCUUUAUCAUUAGCUCUCAGUUUUAGUAACUGCCAUACACCCAAUCAGUUAGGUGGGACUGAAAACCAGGUAUUAAAGGAAACGGAAGAAUGCAAACAUGUCUGUUCUCUUGUAUCAAAUGAUGAAGAAUCAGAUGCUCAAGUAAGCCUUCCUCCUGAGGCACUGCCACUCAACUGUCCUGAUCCACACCUCCACAGAUGGGUUUUUAAGGACUUCAUUUCACCAGAAGAUGAACAUAUAGAGCAAUGGCAACGUGCAGAACUUAUUAAAAUAGUCUUGUGUCAGGGAGUUGUUUAUCGGCUAAUUGAAGGUGCUACCAGUACUAUUGAAAUAUACCCUGGAGAUGGAUCUGUUAUCAGGUCACAAGGAGAUUUUGCAAAGUAUUUCAUACAUUACAUGGAAAAAAAUGGGCUAAAUCAGAGAGUUGAGAAGAUGUAUGCUAUAAAUUAUCUUCCUCCUGAUGUUCCUGGACAGACUUACUCUAUACGAUCAAUAAUCUCCUAUGCAUACAGAAUCCUACAGUGCUUUCAUCAGAUGAGGUAUUCUAACAGCUUACAAAACCACUUAUGUUGCUGGAAUAGAUACACUGAAACAGUAAUUCAGCAUUCCCUAGAGGACCACCAGCCUGUGGAAGGAAGGUGUAACUUGAAAUUGUGUGAAGACCAACAACAGCUGGUAGUGCUUGAUUCUCCAGUAUUGACUAGAAGGACUGCUUUACAAGAACUGGAGAAACUAAGGAGGUUCAUUUAUAUUACAGAAAACAGUGGACUCUUAGGGAAGGCCUCUUUCAAAGAUAAGCCUGCUUCUAAAUCGAAUGAAAACAUUCAUAAAAAUGCUGGUUCAUUACAGCAACCAGAAGGGAGUGACGUAAAAGAAGUUCUAACACAAAUAUCGAAGACUGUUCAGGAUAUCGAGGCACUGUUGGCAGCCAGGUCCUCGGAGUUACAGAAAUCUGUUUAAAGUUACAACAAGGACCUGAAACUAAUUUUGGUAUCAAGAGCAAAAAUAAUAAUGAUAAACUAUUUAAUCUGGAUGUGUUCUUUAAACCACUUGUGUGUUUUCGCCUUUCUUAAUUUUUGAAGAGGGCACUGAUUUUAUGUGCAGUUCUUGUAGCUACUGUACCUUCAUACUGUAAUACAGUUUGCUCUGAGGUAUUAUCUUUUUAAGAUGGUUUUUACUGUUUUGCUUUCAGAUGUCAAUGGCUUUCAAGCAGAGAGUUCCUUUUAAGCUUCACUGAUCAAGGCCAGGUUAAAACAAGUAAUAAAAAACAGAUGGCCAUCAAAGAAAUACUUAAACCGCAUUUAGCUCCUCCUUCUUCAGUAAUACAUGACAUUUGUUAUCCGUUAAACACCAACCAGCUUCUAAAGUUUCUGUGUGAAUUUCCAUGUUGUUAUGCUAAGUAGGCCAAAGAUUGAUCUUUUUCUGCCUUACAAAUAGUAUAGAUUACAGUAAAGUAUAUAUUUAUUAACUUUACAGACAUGUCUUGGAAUCCUCCUGGAAGUCAUUUCAAUAUUUAUGUUCAAGAUGUCUGGCACUUGUGACUCACCUAAAUCAUUGUUUUAUUGUUAAAACUAUUCUUAUACACCUGUAUGCUAUAUAAUAUAAAAUAUACUUAUGAUAUGUGUCAGUUUAAAUUAAACUUUCAGCUCCACAUAUA